AGCCACGAGCGACUCUCUACUCCUUCCUUCUCUCUUCCUUUCUCUAACUCUGCGCCAUUGCCUCUUCACUAUACCUUUCUUUCGUUUUCUCCAUUUUUUCUCUGUUCCGAUCUUUCUUCUUUCUUCAAGAUCUGCUUCCAUUUUUCUCUCACAAUUUCCAUUUCUUUGCUCUAAUCAACUAUAACCAAUCUGUUCAAAGAACCCCAAUCUUAGUAUCUCUUUUCCUCCUAUUUUCCGAUUUUCUUGUUCCAAUUUUUUCUUCGGGUUCUCUCGAGAUCGUCGCUAUCUGGGAUUCUCCAAAUUUUAGUUCUUUCCGCCAGUUUUCUUCUUUUAAAAAAUUUCAGUAUCAUCGAACAACUCUGACCCUUGCUUUGAUCUGUGUACAGUAUUGUUCUCCAGUCAUUUUUUUGGAGACAUCGCCGAGUUUUGUUGUGGGCGAUACUUGUGUUUAUACACCAUUUUUACAUUUCAGUUUGAUCCCAGCUAUUGAUUAAGUAUUUAGUCUGUAUUGAACUUUGAAAGUAAAGUUUUUGCCACUGUCUUAGUUGAGUUUGCCUUUUGGGACUGCGCCUUUUGGUUUCUUUCUUUUGGGUUUGAGUUUGAAAUUGGGUUUUCUGUAACUUGUUUCAAAGCUGUAGGUUGGUGAUCUUAAGAGCUUACUGAUUAGUUAAGUUAUUGGAUUACUUACUUGUUGUAUACUUGAUUCCAAUUGACAUUUGGUUCUGCGGAUCUCUGAUUCUGCUCGAGCUCGAAGCUACAGCGUUAGGUGCCUUAAUUUUUAUAUCGAUCUGGGAACUUGGAAAGCUUUGUUGAUAUGCAGCCCGACCAGAGAAGAAAGUCCUCCAUAGACGUGGAUUUCUUCACAGAAUAUGGUGAAGGGAGCAGGUAUAGAAUAGAGGAAGUAAUUGGUAAAGGAAGUUAUGGUGUUGUUUGCUCCGCAUAUGACACUCAUACUGGAGAUAAAGUUGCAAUUAAGAAAAUCAAUGAUAUCUUUGAGCACGUCUCUGAUGCAACUCGUAUUCUUCGUGAGAUAAAACUUUUAAGACUAUUGAGACAUCCAGACAUUGUGGAGAUAAAGCACAUCCUACUACCUCCAUCUAGAAGGGAAUUCAAAGACAUUUAUGUUGUGUUUGAGCUCAUGGAAUCUGAUCUACAUCAAGUUAUCAAAGCAAAUGAUGAUUUGACUCCUGAACAUUAUCAGUUCUUUCUUUAUCAGCUUCUUCGAGGCUUGAAAUACAUACACACAGCAAAUGUCUUCCACCGGGACCUAAAACCAAAAAACAUCUUAGCAAAUGCCGACUGCAAACUCAAGAUCUGUGACUUUGGUCUAGCACGAGUUGCUUUUAAUGAUACUCCUACUGCUAUUUUCUGGACUGACUAUGUAGCAACAAGGUGGUACAGAGCUCCUGAACUCUGUGGUUCAUUUUUCUCAAAGUAUACACCAGCAAUUGAUAUAUGGAGCAUUGGCUGCAUCUUCGCGGAGCUUUUAACUGGAAAACCACUUUUCCCUGGAAAGAAUGUUGUCCACCAAUUAGAUUUGAUGACAGACUUUUUGGGAACCCCAAAUGCCGAAGCCAUUGCCAGGGUACGAAAUGAGAAAGCUCGAAGAUACUUGAGCAGUAUGCGAAAGAAGAAGCCUGUUCCUUUCUCCCAGAAGUUCCCUCAUGCAGAUCCACUUGCACUUCGCUUGUUGGAAAGAAUGUUGGCUUUUGAGCCAAAGGAUCGACCUACAGCAGAGGAGGCCCUUGCAGAUCCAUAUUUUAAAGGCUUAGCGAAGGUUGAGAGAGAGCCAUCUGCUCAACCUGUUACUAAGAUGGAAUUUGAAUUUGAGAGACGAAGGAUAACCAAGGAAGAUGUCAGGGAGCUUAUUUACCGUGAAAUUCUCGAGUAUCAUCCAAAAAUGUUGAAGGAAUACUUAGAUGGAUCAGAACCUACUGGUUUCAUGUAUCCAAGUGCGGUUGACCAUUUUAAGAAGCAAUUUGCGUUCCUUGAGGAACACUAUGGAAAUGGUGCAACUGUAGCCCCUCCUGAAAGACAACAUGCAUCCUUGCCUAGGCCAUGUGUUUUAUACUCAGAUAACAUGGUGCAGAACUCGGCCCAAGUUGCGAAUGACCUAUCCAAAUGUUCCAUCAAAGAAGUUGAGAGGCCACAAGUGGAUAGGAAUUGCAAUAUUCCUUUGGCUAGAGUUCCUAUUCAAGUUCCUCAAUCUAUUCAAGCAGGCAAUGGUGCAAGGCCUGGAAAAGUUGUUGGCUCUGUGUUACGAUACAACUGUGGAGCAACAGCUGCGGCAGUGGCACCUGAAGUUCUUGAACAGCGGAGAAUGACCAGAAACCCUUCCAUUCCUCCACAGUAUGCCGGUAAUAACUGUUCGUAUCCAAGGAGAAACUCAUCCUGUAAAAAUGAAAGAACUGAUGAAGAAGCCAUUGAAGGUCCAAAUGGGUUGCAGCCUAAACCUCAGUACAUAGCUAGAAAAGUUGCUGCUGCCCAAGGUGGACCAGGAAAUAACUGGUACUGAAUCUAUAAUCCACUAUUCCUUCUGCUGCCUGCGGUUGUUUCAGUGAAGACGUAACCAAGAUGCGGGCUUCUACUGAAUCUUCUCGUGGACCACCUCCCACGAGUCUGAUUGAAACCAACAGCAGCACCAUUACACGGGGCGAUGAAGUUUAAGACAUGAUUCAUUGGAAAGGCAAAGCAAACUGUACUACUCUAUGUUGCUGACAAAGUUGGAUUGCUAUCUUAGCAUUCUUUACAUGAUAACGUCGUGUUAAUGUUCGUCGUCUCAGCUGUUGAAGCAUUGGGACUUGCUGCGGCUUACCUGGUACUUGAAAUUAGGACCAUAAUGCUGAUUAUUAUGUUUUCUUUAUACGUUCUCUUUUACUUCGCAGGUAUAAGUUAUAAUAGUUGACUAAUCCAAUCUACUAAGAUUGCUAUUUGACAAUAUUUGGGACUUGGAAAUCAACCUUAGCUUAUUCUCUCUAUGUAUGAAAUUUGUAAUUCCAUAACUUAAAUUUGUACUUUUCACAUCUCCUUCACUGUAUCAUUCUGAUAAGCUCCUAAAUCAUUACGUUUCCAGCUAAACUAAAGGGAUUUUUGCCGUA